AUGGCCUCGAAAGCCAUCCCCGUGGAUACCAAAUUUACGGUUUUCAUACGCCUGCCAUUCCCCAGAGGUGACUUUGAGGAUCCGCAACCCGUUGAAUGGAACGCUUCCAAGGACCAGGCCCUUUGGGAUGUCCUAUCCAGGCCCUCAAAAGGCGAUAUAGACUGGAAAGCCCUGGCAGGGCACUUUGAUGUCACUCUACAGUUUCUACUUCAACAGGCUGCAUGGCUUUAUGAUCGCCAGCUGUCACAGGUUCGCGCUCAGAUGCGCAAGGUCGGUACGACACAGUCGACUUCUCCUUCUCCUGUUCCUGGCUCUGUUUCCGGGAGUACGGCAUUGGGCGGACAACCGUCGAGAGAAACGAUCAUUCCGGGUCCUCGGGCGCCAUCGCGGCAGGUGUCUCAACAGCAAGACACCCCCCAACGAGCUUUCGAACCUCGGCCCACCAGCGUUGCAUCAACAGCCCCUGCUAACCAGACCCGCGGGCCUAGACCACCGUCGCGUACGGAGAUACCGACGGCUGACAGUGAAUCUCGCUGGGAUUCAUUUGGCCGUCGUCAGUCAACCGUACGACGAGAGCAAGUGCCCGCCUCAACUACAUCUCGUUCCCCAGCAUUCGAAGAUGAGCCCCUGUCUUCAAGCAUGUCGGAAGAAUCAGAGUCCGACGAAGAAGACACCAGACGCGGACCUCGCUUCAAACGAUUUGGCAAAGCCUCUGUGCAUCGCUCUGGUCUUCGAGACGACGAGGAUGAUGACGAGGACGACACCCCGGCAUUUUUGCCACUUAUUCGAGAGUCGCAACACUCUCACCAGCAGAGAACAGGUCAAGAAUUGAGUGCCACUCUCCGACUGGAUGCGGAGCGAGCUACCCAGCGCCGUCGAGGACCGGACCCACGGGCCACCCACCGAGUUCCUGUAUCGGAGUCUUCCACAAGCUCUAUGAGCUCCGCUGGCCCUGUUGGUCUGCCUCCUGGUGAAACCAGACGGACAGGUAACAGAGCACCGAUCUCAGGUCCCCAGCGAGCACUUGGGCCUCGCCAAAACUCACGCAGAUCGAAUGCAUCCGGCCGCGAAACCAGUGAUGGAACCCCCAGUAUGGGAAGCAGCUUCAGUGACCUUGAUGGUAUGUCCCGAACCCCCGAUUAUGAUGGUUUCAUUCUGAUCGAUAGCCCAGACGCGAGUGUCACCCAGUCGGCUCUGGAGGAGGCUCUUCUCAGUAACAUGCAACAUGGUGGGAUGGCGAGUCGGAUGAGCACCAUUAGCCAGGCACUCCGCAGUCGCUAUUUGCAGUGA